AUGUGGCUGCAGCAGCGGCUGAAGGGGCUGCCGGGGCUGCUGUCGAGCAGCUGGGCGCGCCGCCUGCUGUGCCUGCUGGGGCUGCUGCUGCUGCUGCUGUGGCUGGCGGGCCGCGGGGCGCGGCGGGCGGCGGGCGCGGGCGCGGGCGCGGGCGCGGCGGGGCCGGGCGGGGGCGGGCUGCCGCUGCCGCUGCGCCUGCUGCCGUGGGCGCGCGGGCUGCCGGGCGCGGCGGCCGCGGCGUCGGCGCCCUGGGCCUGCGUGGGCUCGGCGACGCGCGCGUGGCGGGCGCUGCGGGAGCGCGGCGAGGCGGCGCGGCCGGGCGCGGGCGCGCCGGCGCUGGUGGGCAACGGCUUCCUGGCGCUGGACGCGGCCGCCAACCGGCUGUGGGUGACGCCGGGCGAGCGCGAGCCGCCCGUGGCCGUGGCGCCGCCCGGCUGGGCGCCCUUCGCGCGGCUGCGGCCGCUGGGCGCGCGGGCCGAGGCGGCCGAGGCGCUGCUGCUGCUGCGGGAGGGCGUGCUGCGCCGGGUGCGCUGCCUGCAGCUCGGCGCGGCCGAGGGCGCGGGGUCCGGGGCGGCGGCGGCGGCGGCGGCGCUGCGCCUGGGCCUGGGCCCGGGCCACGACUGCGUCCUGCUGCAGGAGGACUUCCUGGCGCACCGCGGCCGCCCGCACGUCUACCUGCAGCGCAUCCAGGUCCGCAACCCGUCGGAUCGCGCCGCGGCGCUGCAGACGCUCGCGCCCACGCCCGGCCCGCCGCCGCCGCCCUCGUCGUCCCCCUUCAGCAGCACCCUGGAGAAGGCGGGCGACCACCAGUUCCUGCUGCACUCGGGCCGCUCGGCGCCCGCGCCGCCCUCGGGGACGGUGCGCCUGGUGGUGGUGGCCGCCAAGAAGCUCGCGGACCGCCUGCAGGUGGCCCCCCGCUCGCAGCUGGACGAGACGGUGCUGUGCGUGGUGCACGUCUCGGCCCCGCUCAGCCCGCAGGCGCUCAAGGGCGGCAAGGCCGCCAAGGAGCUCAAGGCGCUGCAGGACCUGGCCCGCAAGGAGAUGCUGGAGCUCCUGGCCCUGCCCGCCGCCGAGCUGCUGCAGGACCACCAGCGCCUCUGGGCGCAGCUCUUCAGUCCAGGAGUGGAGAUGAAGAAGAUCACGGACGCGCACACACCAUCUGGCCUGACUGUGAACUUAACCCUCUACUACAUGCUGUCCUGCUCGCCCGCGCCACUCCUCACCCCUGGCUUGAGCCCCAGGGAGCGUGAGCAGCUGGAGCUGACGCUGAGCUAUGCCGACCACUGCUUCAGCGGCCAUGCUACCAUGCACGCCCAGAACCUGUGGCCUGGCCAGCUGGCCUCGGUGCCCCACAUCCUGCAGCUGUCCGACCUCUGGCGGCUGACGCUGCACAAGCGAGGCUGCACGGGCCUGGUGAAGGCAGGUGCCCCGGGCAUCCUGCAGGGCAUGGUGCUCAGCUUCGGGGGACUGCAGUUCACGGAGAACCACCUGCAGUUCCAGGCCGACCCCGACGUGCUGCACAACAGCUAUGCCCUGCGCGGCAUCCGCUACAAGGGCGGCCACGUCAACCUGGCCGUACUGGCCGACGCCGAGGGCAAGCCCUACCUGCAUGUGUCGGUGGUGCCGGAGGCGGCAGGGGCAACGGGCCAGAUCUAUGCCUGUGAGGCGGGCUGCCUGGAGGAGCCGGUGGAGCUGAGCGCGGCACCGCAGGGCCACAGAUUCCCAGUGAUGGUCACACAGCCCAUCACGCCACUGCUCUACAUCUCCACGGACCUCACUCACCUGCAGGAGCUGCGGCACACGCUGCACCUCAAGGCCAUCCUGGCACAUGCCGAGCACAUGGCGCGCCAGGACCCCGGUCUGCCCUUCCUCUUCUGGUUCAGCGUGGCCUCCCUCAUCACCCUCUUCCACCUCUUCCUCUUCAAGCUCAUCUACAACGAGUACUGCGGCCCUGGGGCCAAGCCCUUCUUCCGGAGUAAGGAGGACCCCAGCGUCUGAACGACGGUCCAGCUCGGGCCACCCUUUGCACAUGAUGUUCAGCACUGACAGUCCAGCUGCCACCGCCACCCAGGGGCCCUCGGAAGCACCCACCCUUUUGUGCCUUGUCGGGGGACACUGGUGGCACAGGUGCACGUGUGGAGGCCCAGGGGCCUGUCAGAGGCAGGGCUGGUAGACUUGGUCGGCUCCCAGCUCUGUAGCGUGUACCCCAGGGCCAUACUUGAAUUGACACUCCCCGCCCCUUCCCAUGGCCCAGGAAGUUGCCCCCUCCUCAGUGUUUUCUGACCUGACAUAAUGUGUUCCUUCUCCACUGACUUUUAAUUUAUUUUUCUCGAGAUUUUAGCUGGAUGGCUUUUGCAUCCACCGCAGACAGUAGCUCUGCUCCAUGACGUGGGGACCGGCCUUCCCAGUCCCCAUGUGAAGGGGACAGGGUCUGGGAUCCCGGUUUGCACGUCGCCUCUGCGUGUCAGGACCUAUGGAAAGCUGCGGGUUGGUCCAUUGGGGCCAGAGGAAGCAUUGAACUUGGAUUGUUGGGUUUUGAAAUACCAAAGCUUUUUUUUGUUCUGUUUUUAAAUAAAUCUCUUUCAAACUUCCACGA